CUAUAUCAGUAUUUGAAUACAUAUCAAUGUACAUACCGAUUGUGAGGUGUAUAUUUAAACUGACGACAUGCAUUUCACGCAGAUUAAAGGAAAAUCCAUAUCUCUUGGCGGAUGUAUCGAAGAAAGUUUACGCCUAAGCUGUCCUUGUCUUUUAAGGACGUAGUGACAUCGAAAACGGAACUCAAGACCAAAGACACCAGUAAGAGGAAUCGUAACGUUUGCGCUGGAUCAAGAACCCACGCGCAUGUCUGCAAGGACAAAAACAAAGACGCAAACCCAGAUUCAUGGAUCUCCUUUGUCAAGAAGCUUUGGAAUAAAGUGCCGUCUUGGCCAGCGAGAUCUCAGGACGAGUUACCUGCUGAUUUUAAACACCCUGAUAAGAGUAUGGACGUGGCCAUGGCAAUAUGCAAGGACUACAUACACCAGAAGCUGCAGCGCAAGGGAUACUCAACAGGCAGGACGAGACUCUAUGCCUCUCACUGCGCAUACUCGGUAUAUUUCGUAAAAGCGGGCUACGUUCUUGAACGGCUUUACCCGAAGGUUUACACAGAUGUCUCGAGGAAGAUCGCCAUGACUAUGACGUCAUCAACUGUCGUGAAAAACACCCUUACUUCCGUUUUGGAUAUCAUGUUCCGGGAGAGUAUUACCUGGGGCAAGAUCGUAUCGAUGUUUGCCAUUUCCGCUUCCUUCGCUGAAGAGUGUGUUCAACAAGGGCACUCGGAGUUUGUCGAUGACGUCAUAAACUGUGUUGGAAAUUUUGUGGCCCUGCAUCUUGUAGAGUGGCUAGUGAAGCAAGGCGGAUGGGAAGAUUUCAAGAAGAUAUUCAUCGGGAAUACCAACAACGUUGGGCUGUCCGUCGUCGUGGGCGUGUUGACAGCACUCGUGGGAGUGAUCACAACACUGACUGUCAUAAUAGAUAUAAUAAACUUGGGCGACCCCAAGUGACCCGUUUCUUCUAAUAGACAAUGAAGUGACGUCAUUACUCCUGUUCAGGGCCCAUAUUACGAAAUCGUAUAACCAUCGUAGGCUAUGACGACAGUAUGCUGUAGUGACGUCCUAGACUACGAUCGUUUUACGAUUUCGUAGCGCUAAGAUAGCUUCGAAAAUAUGGACGCUGCUUAAUAGGCCCUGGGGCGAGACGUAGCCCAGUGGUACAGCGCUUCCUCGAUGCGCGGUCGGUGUGCCCCAU